UAAAGUCCAUAAAACUUCGUUGACAGACAAACAGCGAGGAAGUGAGGUUGGUGCGCUUACUACAAAGGAUAUCUACUUGAAAAAUCUACAAAUAUAUCAGCGAGUUAUCGCUUCCUUAUCUUUGUACAAGUCAAUCCACCGCUGUGAUGUCAUACUUGUGGAUUUUCUUAUUUGCGAGUCUAGCAAUUCAAGCUAAAGCGCAAGGCUUUGACCUUGCUGAUGCUGUGGAUGAUGAUGUUCCGACCAAGGCUCCCAUUCCGAAGGACAAAAAGAAAUCCAAUGACGGAGGUGACCUAGAUCUUUUAGAUGACUUGAUCCCAGUCAAAGAAGACCGAAACAACCCUGCUCCACCAUCAAAACCAAAGUCUGGAGAUGGAUUCGAUCUUAAUGAUGCUCUUCUGCCAGACCCAGCAGAACCUGACCCUAAAAAGCCAGCAGUAAACCCAAAUGCUGGAACAGGUGGUGGUUCAUUUGAUGACUCAGAUUUGACCGAUUUGCUUGGAGGUGGCGAUUCGUACAAACCGGAUAAGGGCAAAGAUGGAUAUGGAGGUGGAGGUCAUAUUCGUCCUCCUCCUCCUGAUUAUGACGGAGGGAAGGACUAUGACAAUGUACCGAAGAAAGAUGCUGGGUCCAUUAGCAUGAAAACCAUUUUGGGUGUGGGUGGGACACUCCUUGGAGCCGUAGUCAGUUACUUUGUCUACAGGAAGAGGCAGCGCUGCUUGGGACAAGGAGGUAAUCAGGGAAGAGGAGGUGGAUUGAACAUAGGUGGAUUUGGGGGUCGACGUGGAUUUGGCGGUCGAGGUGGAAAUGGGGGACAAGGUGGAUUCGGGGGUCAAGGUGGAUUUGGGGGUGGAGAUGGAUAUGGAGGUCGAGGACACCACCCAGCAGGAGGAGGAGGAGGAGGAAGAGGAGGAGGAGCAGCAGGAGUCAUCAGCAAUCUUCUCCGGAUGGUGUAACUGCAAUCAAACCAAUGAUAGGGGUGAUCUAUAACUAGGGAUUUUGCAGAAAUUCCAAGUUUUUACAAUGCAGAUUUUACUGGGUUGCCCAUCUUUUUUUGUACAGCUGCAGAUGUUGUGUAUGUAGAUGAUAUACAGUGGGGUUGAAAAUUCUGAGACCACUUCUAUUGCUUAUAUUUUGCAUUCUUUUCUCAUUUAGUACAAACAUUUUCAUCACUAAUUAUAUUAUCGCCAUAACAAUUACAUUCAUUUUGGAAUUUAUUAGUGUUUGGUAUGUCCACCUUUUGCUUUAAUGGCAACAUGCACUCGAGCUGGCAUGGACUCCAAAACCUGAUGUUUCAUGUUAUCCCAGCAUUAUUUGACAAUGUUCCAAAGAGCAAUUUUUGAUGUUACUGAAUGCUUGGCUUUUGUCAAUCUUCAAGUGCCCCCAUAAAUGCUCAGCGGGGUUGAGGUCAGGUGACUGUGGAUUAUCCAGCACUCCUUGCUCUUUUUUGGUCUUCAAGUAGUUCCUGCAAAGCUUUGAAGUAACUUUCAUUUGUUAAAAUCUCUUCAAAAUCCUAAA